AUGAAAUCAAGUGUUGAAGCCGAAGUCGAUGCACAGAUUAACUGGAUGCAAUCAUUACUCAAUUUAUCUGCACCAAUGAGUAGUCAGCCACGCUCAACAGACAAAUAUCAUUCACAAAUCGAUGAUUUGCUGUCUUCAAUCGAAGCAACUCAGGCAGCACCUCAAUUUACAUCACCAACUAAGGUCCAUUUCGAAUUAUCUUGCGAAAAUGACCAAGAAGUUGACUCUUCUCCUCUUUCUGAGGAGUCAUCUCCCAAAGAAGCAUCUCAAUAUAGAAUAUCUGAUCCAUUAAGUAGUGAUGAUGAGGAUGAUGACGAUUCUGAGGAGUUUUAUGUUGAUGAUGCUGAGGAAAUACGAGGCAAAGAAGUUCCAUCAUGGGCAAGAGCACAAAACUUACUUCAAGAGCUGGAAAAGCAAAAGAAAGUUGAUCCUGAUAUGAUAUUUGUCGGAUUCCAAAAGUCUUGUGACUUGAACACAAUGUUUGAAAAGAAGAAGAAAACAUUUAAAGUUCGUGGUGAUAGUGGCUACUGGGCAACAGAUAGUGUUACUCCUGAUGAAGAAGUUAAGUACAAGAAAGCACUUGGAUAUGCAUGA